AUGAGCGCCGCCGCCGCAGCUUUUGACGCUCGCUGGUGUGUGUGUUAUGAGACGUAUUUUGUAAGGUGUCGCUGCACGUUAUUUGUUUUCAGAGAGAGUCGGUUACACAAGCCGAGCACCAGCAGCGUCGUGAGGAUACUGCGACUUCACUUUGUCCACAAUAAGAGGCACAUCUCUGAGCUGGAGAGCUUUCACUAGCUGUCAUGUUUCCAGCCAGCAGAUACUCGAGUAAAGCCCACAGGUGUAUCAGGGCAUUGAAGACAGUGCAAACAGAGUAUGCCACCCCACAGCUGUACACCAGACUACACAGACGGGCAUGCUCCUCUGUGACCACACCCCAAAUCACAACACACUACACCAUCCACCCCCGAGAGAAGGAUUCAAGAUGGGAAGGUAUGGAAAUGGAGAGGUUUGCAGAUGAGGCAGAUGUGGUGAUAGUAGGAGGGGGCCCUGCCGGUCUUUCAGCAGCCAUCCGUCUGAAACAGCUUGCCAAUGAACAAGAGAAGGAGCUGCGGGUGUGCCUGGUGGAGAAGGCCUCUCAGAUUGGAGCACACACUCUGUCAGGAGCUUGUCUGGAGCCCACUGCCCUCGACGAGCUCUUUCCUGACUGGAAGGAACGAGGGGCACCCCUCAACACUCCAGUGACCGAAGACGUGUUCAACAUUUUAACAGAGAAACACAGAAUCCCUGUCCCCAUUUUACCAGGUCUGCCUAUGGUGAACCAUGGUAACUAUAUUGUGAGGCUGGGGAACUUUGUACGCUGGCUGGGGGAGCAGGCAGAGGAGCUCGGGGUGGAGAUUUACCCUGGUUAUGCUGCAUCUGAGGUUUUGUUUCAUGAAGAUGGAAGUGUGAAAGGAAUUGCCACCAAUGAUGUCGGCAUUGCCAAGGAUGGUUCACCUAAGGAUGUUUUUGAGAGAGGAAUGGAGCUCCAUGCUAAGGUCACGCUGUUUGGAGAGGGCUGUCAUGGUCAUUUGGCCAAACAGCUCUACAAGCAAUUUAACCUGCGAGAGAACUGUGAGCCGCAGACCUACGCCAUUGGCCUGAAGGAGGUGUGGACGAUCGAUGAGAAGAAAUGGAGGCCGGGUAGAGUGGAGCAUACGGUGGGCUGGCCCCUGAACAGGAACACGUAUGGAGGCUCUUUCUUGUACCACCUGAAUGAAGGAGAGCCACUGGUGGCCUUGGGUUUUGUGGUGGGUCUGGACUACACCAACCCGUACCUGAGCCCCUUCAGAGAGUUUCAGCGCUGGAAGCAUCACCCCUCUGUCGCUCCCACACUCGAGGGAGGCAGCAGGAUAGCAUAUGGAGCCCGAGCACUGAACGAGGGAGGAUUACAGUCCAUCCCAAAGCUGACGUUCCCUGGAGGCCUGCUGAUCGGCUGCAGCCCCGGCUUCAUGAACGUCCCAAAGAUCAAAGGCACUCACACGGCCAUGAAGAGCGGCAUGUUGGCUGCUGAGGCCAUCUUCCCCAAAAUCACAGCUGAGAACCUUGAGUCAGAGACGACAGGACUCCAUAUAUCUGAGUACAGUGAUAACUUGAAGAGCUCGUGGGUGUGGAAAGAGAUGCAAGCAGUCAGAAACAUCAGACCGUCCUUCCAUAAUUACUUCGGCCUGUACGGAGGGAUGGUCUACACCGGGAUCUUCUACUGGAUCUUCAGAGGGAAGGAACCCUGGACCCUUAAACACUGUGGCCUUGAUGCACACCAGCUGAAACCGGCCAAAGAAUGUACUCCGAUUGAAUACCCCAAGCCCGACGGCAAGAUAAGCUUCGACCUGCUCUCCUCUGUGGCCCUGAGCGGCACCAACCACGAGGGGGACCAGCCCCCCCAUCUGACCCUCAGAGACGACAGCGUGCCGGUCAACAGGAACCUGGCUGUCUUCGACGGGCCUGAGCAGCGCUUCUGCCCCGCAGGUGUGUACGAGUAUGUUCCCAUGGACACAGGGGACGGGAUGAGGCUACAGAUUAACGCACAGAACUGCGUCCACUGUAAGACCUGCGACAUCAAAGACCCGAGCCAGAACAUCAACUGGGUUGUGCCUGAGGGCGGCGGUGGACCUGCCUACAAUGGAAUGUGAAAGUCUUGUUUGUUUCUAGAGUUGUGUCGUGAAAGAUGAAAGUAUCAUGCAUUCAGGGCUACAGUAUUGGCCAGUGAGUGGCAGAUGUGCCUCAGUAUGGAUCUGAAAGUAACUAUAUAGCUGUUUUUAAACUUAAGAAUAAAAUCUGCAAAAAUGAGGAUAGAGCUGCAUUUUUGGAUAGAUGGAUUCUUAAUGUAUGCAGAGGAACAAUUAAGUUAUGUGGUAGCGAGCAAAUUACAGGACCAUGACCUCUGAACAGAAGUCAGUUUAUAGUUCUGUAUGUUUUUCUUCUAUGAAUUUCACAAUGAGCAUUAGAGACAGAAGAGGAGGAUGUUCAUUUGUUUGUUUUUGCGGGUGCUAAUGGUUAAUGUAUUCACCAAACUGUAACUGAACAGGCAACAUGUCCUCAAAUCCAGACUCAUAUCAGGUACAAUGACAGCAUCUGAUCUGCGCAGUAUUGUACAUAUCAUUAGAUAAUGAUGACAGUAAUUAAUAAAGAACACUUCACUGUUA